AUGGAGAACAAUCCUGAUUCUAAUUAUCGUGAUUACUGGCCUUCGCUUGCUCAAGAAUCUAAAGAUAAUCAAGAAACUUCAACUCGUGCUUCAGAUUUGGCCACAAAUUUUUUGUCAACUCUAUCCUUGACAACUGACAUAGAAAUGACUUACAUUAAGCGAGAGAAAGAACUCACACCUGAUAAGGCUUUUCGUUCAUAUGACGACCGUUCACUUCAUCGCGAUCGUUCUCCGGAAAGAGUUGAAAGACACCGACCUAUUAAAGAAGAAGAUGACCGUGACCGAAGAGAGAAAAAACGAGAAAAAGAUAGAGGGGAUAGAGAUAGGGAAAGGGAUAAAGAACGCGAUCGAAAUGAUAGAUCUGAGCGUACGGACCGUGGAGAACGAAGACGAGAAAGGGAGCGUAGUCGUGAUAGAUCUCGUCGUGAACGCGAAGAACGUGAAGAAAGAGAAGCACGCAGGUCGCGACGAUCAAGGAAAAGAAGUCGAAGUCUUAGCAUAAGACGGCGAAGUCGUAGUCCAAAACAUCGUUCACGUUCUCGAUCAGUGACUCCUAUCGAUAGGAGGAGGAGAAAAUUAAACAAUUGGGAUGUCGCACCUCCAGGAUAUGAAGGCAUGACAGCUGAACAAGUUAAAGCUACAGGUCAUUUCCCGCUUCCUGGUCAACCUGCCUCAACAAGACCUGUAGCAAUUCCUACUUCUCCUGUAAUACCGGGAAUGGAUCCAUCUAGAGCUGCAAUGAUGAUGGGAAUGACUCAUGAACUACCCCCUCGUCCCAAAGUUAGUCAGGGAGCUGCCGGACCAGUUGCACAGACUGCGUCUUUAGCAAGACAAGCGCGGCGUCUCUACGUUGGAAACAUUCCGUACGGAAUUGACGAAGCCGGAUUAUCGGAAUUUUUCAACUCUACUAUGGUUCAAUUGAAUAUUACAACUGCACCUGGAAAUCCCGUAAUUGCCGUUCAAAUCAAUCAUGAUAAAAACUAUGCAUUUGUCGAGUUUCGUGCACCAGAGGAAGCGACAGCAGCAAUGGCUUUUGAUGGAAUUACUUUUCAGGGUCAAUCUUUAAAAAUUCGACGUCCGAAAGAUUACCAACCACCCCCAGGACAAAAUAUUGAGCCACCACCAAUUCAUGUUCCCGGUGUUGUCUCUACUAAUGUUCCCGAUAGUCCCAAUAAGAUUUUCAUCGGAGGUUUGCCUACUUACCUAAAUGACGAACAAGUUAUGGAACUUUUAAAGUCAUUUGGUGAGCUUAGAGCAUUCAAUUUGGUUAAAGACAGUUUGUCAGGGGUAUCUAAGGGAUUUGCGUUUUGUGAAUAUGUUGAUCCGAGCGUGACCGAUUUGGCUUGUCAAGGUUUAAAUAACAUGGAACUUGGUGAUCGUAAACUUGUUGUUCAACGUGCUAGUGUUGGUUCGGCUAAAAAUGCAGGCGUCGCAAGUGCUUUACCUUCAUCCGUGCUUAUUCCUUCAGGCAAUGGAGAAAUGUUGCCCACCACUGUAUUACAAUUGUUAAAUAUGGUAACUCAAGAAGAAUUAGUAGAUGACGAAGAAUAUGAAGAUAUCGUUGAGGAUGUUCGUGAAGAGUGUUCCAAGUUUGGUCAUGUAGUAGAUAUGAAGAUACCUAGACCGGGAAAGGGACCAGAUACUGGCAUUGGAAAGAUAUUUGUACGUUUUGAUACGAUUGAGCAAGCAGGUGCAGCACUUCGUGCACUUGCCGGACGAAAGUUUGCUGAACGUACUGUUCUCACGUCAUACGUUCCUGAAGAGACAUAUUUUGCAGAAGACUUUUAA